UGAUUUUUAUAAAACUGUUUUAUUGUUAUUAAUAUUUGUAAGUAGUAUUAAAUUAGUAUUUUUGGAUAAAUAUAUUACUUCAGUUAUAAAAACGAAGUUCUUGGAUGUUUUCAUAAAAAUAAAUAAUAAAUUUAUGUUAAAAUUUGCUUUACGCUUUAUAAUGUAAAAUAUAAAUAGGAUGUCAGACAACAGUAUUGAAGAGUCAUUAAUGAAUUAUCAAGAUCAACUGACACAGGUAGAAAAUGCAAUAAAACAAUCAAAAUGUAGAGAUCAGUUAAAUGAAUUGUUAUCAUUAAAAAAUAGCUUAAAUGAGUUAAUAGAAUUAACAAGUGAAAAUAGUACUUCUAGUCAAACUAAGAAUGAUGAUGUUUUAGAUGAAGAGUACGCUUUAUUCAAGGCAGAAAUUGAUGAAUCAUAUAACAACAUUAACAGCUGUGAUGAGGAGACAUCUUCAUGCGAGAUUAUAAAUAAUUCUAAUGAAGAAAGCGUAAAAAAUAAUCAGAAUACUGUUUUUGAACUUAAAUCAGAUGAUUCAAAUGAAUGUACCAUUAUAGAAAAUAAAAUUGAUGAAUCUACAGGAAUCGAAAAUGAAUUAGAAAAUUUACGAGGUUCCAAGUGUCAAGCACCAUUUGAUAAUGGUUAUGGAAGUAAGAGCUAUCAUAAUGCACUUGUCAUGUCGGUUCAAAUAAUUGAUACAACAAAUUCACAAUCAUUAGAUAACAUAAUGGUUACUGUACUUUAUACAAAUCCUACAUGUAAUCAGAUGUUACCUUGUCAGUUUUUUUUAAAUGGUGAAUGUAAAUAUUCUAAAGAACAAUGUUAUUUUUCUCAUGGUACCAAAGUACCACUUUCAAGUCUUACAGAAUUCAAAGAGCCAAAUUUUGAAAAGUUAAAAAAAGGUAGCUUAGUAUUGGCUAAAACUUCUGAAGGAAUUUGGGCUAGAGCUAUUAUUUUAGAUCUAGUACACAGCACAUCUACUAAUGAUGGUAUUUGUGUUGUUCGGUAUGAAACUAAAAGUUUUGGAGAAACAGAAGUGUCAAUGCAAAAUAUAUAUCCAUUAGAAGGAACUGAUGAUGGUGACAUACAUGAAAGCUCUUCAGAUAGUGAUGAUGGAAGCAAUAUUAAAAUGCGUGAUUCAGCUAUUGUAAAUAAUGUAUUACUUAGCUCUCAACCUAUUGAAGCACUGGGAAGUUGGGAAAAACAUACCAAAGGCAUAGGAUCAAAAUUGAUGACUAAGAUGGGCUACAUUAUGGGAGCUGGUUUGGGGAAAAACGGUGAAGGUCGAAUUGAACCGGUAGAAGCUAUUGUUCUACCAAAAGGAAAAUCAUUGGAUCAUUGUAUGGUGGCCAAAAAUUCGUCCAAGGUUAGAGAUCUUCAGAAAAAGCGUAAAAAACAAAUGAAUAUUGAGCGUUGUAUGAAAAAAUCUUAUGAAAAAGCUUCUCAUAAGCCACAAGAUAUAUUUACAUUCCUCAAUAGUAGAUUGAAUAAUCAAAAAAUUAGCAAAGAUUUACAAGUUGUUGAUGAGAAAAAAAUUAAGCUAUCAACUACCCAUGAUUUAAAUGUACGCAGUUUAAAAAUUGAAGAAGAUAUUAAACGGCAACAAUUAGUUAUUAAUGAGUUAAAUUAUAAAUUAAAGAAUAGCAGUCUAGAUUCAACUCAACGAAACAUGGUCAACCAAAAAUUAAAUGAAGCAAAUAGUAAUUUAAAAAAAUUACAAGCUGAAGAAAAGUCUAUUAAAAAGGAACACAAACAUAGGGAAACUCAUAAAAAAAUGACCACUUUUUAAACAUAAUAAUUAGAUUGUGUAUAUUUAAUUAUUAAAUAGUAUUUAAUGCUUCUAAAAAAA